AGAGGAGGAUUUCAGACAAUCAGGACUCUCUGGAGAUGGACCCCCAGGAGCACUCGUUCACGAGGACCAUCGACGAGGAGGCGGAGCUAGAAGAGAGGACGGACCGAGAAAGGGAGGAUGUGAAUCAGGAGCAGGAUGAGGAAGAGGAGGAGAGAGAGCACGAAGUCAUGACCGCUGGGAAAAUCUUUCAAUGUUUCCUCUCAGCGCGGGAGGCGGCAAGGACCCGAGAGAGGGAGAGGGCCAGCAGCAGCGCCAGGGGAGGCCUGACCUCAGGAGGAACCAGAGGAGGAGGGGAG